UGCUAAACAUAACCUAAAUAACCUUAAAAUUUAAAUGUAAUAUUUGGAUUUAGUUAUUGUAUUUAAAGAAGUUAAAUUAUGCAUUCUGCACGUUUUGUAAGAAAGUGUACAAAUUUUAAAAUUAGACAUAAAUUUUGUAAAUCAUAUAGUGAUAGUGCAUUAGCAAAUGAAAUGGAAGUAGCAUUUUCAAAUGGGUAGCCGGAAAUUAGCAUUAUCGACGGGAAAGUUAGCGAAAUUGGCCGAUGGAUGUGCUGUGGGAACAAUAGGAGACACGUCUGUGAUGGUAACCGCUGUUUCUAAAUCCAAACCGACUUCUGGUGGUUUUACUCCUCUAAUUGUCGAUUACCGACAGAAAUCAGCGGCUGCAGGUCGCAUUCCUACGAAUUUUUUAAGACGAGAGUUAGGUCCCUCUGAGCGUGAAAUUUUAACAUCUCGCUUAAUAGAUCGCAGUUUGCGGCCGCUAUUUCCUGAAAAUUUCUGUUACGAAACGCAAAUAGUCUGUAACAUGCUCGCCGUUGAUAGCAUUAACAAUCCGGAUAUUGUCUCGAUUAAUGCCGCAUCUGCUGCUUUGAGUUUAAGCGACAUACCUUGGAAUGGGCCCGUCGGGGCGGUGCGUGUUGGUUGUAUUGACAAUGAGUACAUUAUAAAUCCUACAAGGCGUGAGUUAGAAUGUUCGUUGUUAAAUUUGGUUGUUUCCGCUACCAAACAGAAUUUAGUAGUCAUGAUAGAAGCCAAUGCCGACAAUAUGUUGCAACCAGAGUUUUUAAAGGCUAUUAAAACCGGAGUUAAGGAGGCACAAUUUGUCGUAAACGGUAUUGAAAAAUUGCAGAAGAGUAGUGGAAAAACUAAACGAACAUUUGAAAAACAGCAGGAGCUCUCGGAAGAAGUUAAGGUUGCGAUCGAAUCUUUGAGUCAAAUGAGGCUGAAGGAUAUUUUUAAAAAUCAUUCUCUAGACAAAUUAAGUAGAGACAACGAGAUUAAUUACCUGCGCAAUGAUGUCGCUGAUAAAAUACGUCUCGAUUUUCCCACUCUCGAUUAUAAUUUAGUAGUAGACUGUUUUGGUAAGAUCACACGACGGGUUUUUCGUGAUUCAAUUUUUGAAGAUGAAAGGCGUUGUGAUGGUCGUGAUUUUGAUGACUUACGUAAUAUUUCCUGUGAGGUUGAUUUAUACAAACCGCUCCAUGGGAGUGCCGUGUUCCAAAGAGGGCAAACGCAAGUGUUUUGUACUGUUACGUUGGACUCGCAUGAAAGUGCAUUGAAGUUGGACCCGUUAUCGAUAUUGACAAGCGGGUUGAAAGAGAAGAAUUUUUUCCUUCAUUAUGAAUUUCCACCAUUUGCUACGAAGGAAACGGGAAAAAUUGGACCCUUGGGCCGAAGAGAGAUGGGUCACGGCGCUCUCGCCGAAAAGGGCCUUUAUCCUACUGUGCCACACGAUUUUCCAUUCACUAUUAGACUGACUUCGGAAGUGCUAGAGUCUAACGGGUCAAGUUCCAUGGCCUCAGUGUGCGGAGGUAGUUUGGCAUUGAUGGAUGCGGGUGUUCCGGUAACUGCACCUGCUGCUGGAGUGGCGAUUGGUCUGGUCACUAGGUGUAAUGAAAAUGACACGAAACAUAUUGAUGAUUAUAAGUUGUUAACUGACAUUUUGGGAAUAGAAGAUUAUAUGGGAGAUAUGGAUUUUAAACUAGCCGGAACAAAAAAAGGUAUCACUGCUUUACAAGCCGACAUAAAAUUGCCAGGUUUACCUCUUAAAAUAAUAAUGGAAGCUGUUGUUAAAGCUACGGAAGCCAAAUCAAAAAUACUAGAUAUUAUGCAGCACUGUAUGUCUAAACCACGCAUUGUGAAAAAGGAAAAUUGGCCAGUCGUCGACAAAUUAGAAGUAGAACCCCAUAAAAGAUCAAGGUUAUUCGGCAUUGGGGGAAUUAAUUUGAAAAAAAUACUUUACAAGACUGGCGCCCAUAUAUCUCCAAUAGACGACUCGUCAUUUUCAAUAUUCGCACCCAAUCAACAGGCGAUGGACGAAGCCCAAGAAACCAUCACGCAGCUGCUCAACACUGAACGUAUUCCCGAACUAGAAUUCGGCGGAAUUUAUACUGCCACUGUAGUGGAAGUAAGGGAUAUUGGAGUCAUGGUUACAUUAUAUCCUGACAUGCCACCUGCACUGCUUCAUAAUUCACAACUAGACCAGAAGAAAAUAAUGCAUCCGUCAGCUUUAGGUGUUGAAGUCGGUCAACAGAUGCAGGUGAAGUACUUUGGAAGAGAUCCGGUGUCGGGAUUAAUGCGGUUAUCCAGAAAAGUUCUGCAGGCGUCUGCGAGAUAACAUUAAUUAAAUUAGUAGCCUAAGUUUUUUGUAAUUAUUCCUAAAUAUAAAGUUUUUGUUUA